AUGGGCCGCAUAGAAGAGCUUCCGGACGAUUUUGAUGAGUCCCUAGAUCUCAACAAGGCGCCUCUCUUCACCCCGCCGCCCGCCGCGAAAGAGCCAUCCUUCCUCCCAUCAGGCGAAACUCCCUUUGGGAUUAAGAAAGAUGCCUUGCCCAAGGGGAGCGAGGCCCUUCCGGCCAUGCCACCGGCGAUGGAGUCCGUCAAGUCGCACACUGCAGACGAGAUAAUAGAGCUCAUGAACCAGACCCCGCUGUUCAUGACAGACGUUGACAAGGCACUGCAGGCUGAAGGCGAAAAUCCACAGCUAGAUGCCAUCCGAGCACUUCAGAACGAAGGCACACGAGCAGAUAACGCGCAACGAUUCCGCGAAAAUGGAAAUGAUUUUGCGAAGGUGAAGCGGUGGAAGGAUGCAAAGGAGUGCUAUACCAAGGGGAUAUCCAUCUUGACCAUGAAAGACGAUAGUUGGGAGAAGCCUGAGGACCCCGAAGAAGAAGCACGACGGCUGCGAGAAAUCGAAGAGGCCUGCUUCAUCAAUAGAGCAUUAUGCAACCUGGAGCUAAAAAACUAUAGAUCUACCACGUUAGACUGUGCGUCUACGUUGAAGCUCAACCCGAAGAAUAUCAAGGCAUUCUACCGUUCCGCUGCUGCCCUCCUUGCCCUUGACAAGGUUUUGGAAGCGGAAGAUGCGUGUGUAAGAGGCCUCCACCAUGAUAAGACGAACCAGCCCCUCCAAGCUCUUUCGAAGAGGAUAGCUGCGAGAAAGGCGGAAUUAGAUAAGAUCGCGGCGCGGAAAAGGGAGGAACAACAACGAGCAGAGAAGAUCCGAAUCACGCUCCGCACAGCGCUGGCAGCACGCGAGAUUUCCGUCCGAGAAACCGCCCAGCCGCCAGACAUGGAAGACGCAAUCAUGAAACUCUCCCCUGACCCCUUAUCCCCAGAGAGCACUCUUGUGUUCCCUUGCGUUUUACUCUACCCCAUGCAUGCACAGUCGGACUUCAUCAAGGAAUUUGCCGAAACAGACACCAUCGCACAGCACCUCGAGUACAUCUUCCCACUACCCUGGGAUAAAAACAGUGAAUAUACUAUCGGCUCCGUGGACUGUUACAUGGAGACUGCCGCCGGCGGAAUGAUCAAACCUGGAAAGAAAGUUUCGCUGUUAGCGAUCUUAGGCGGCGGGAAGGUCGAGGUCGUUGAUGGUCUGGUGCGGUUUAAUGUUGUACCUACCAAAAUGGCAGGGAAAUGGAUCGCGGAAAUGAAGGCGCGGAAGAAUGCCUCGAAGUAG